ACUGCUGGAGCGUUAAAGAGUUGACUUGCAGUGACCUCAUCCCUCCAGCAGCCGCGGCGCGACCGAGGCGGAGCCGUCAGCAACUUUGUAUGAACUUCGAAGUUGAACAAUCGCAAAGGAAGGAGAAACUGGAGUAAGCGGAAAAACGGAUAAGAAAAUACAAUACCAUUUUUUUUACGUUGUCGUGGUGAAAAUCUAAAGACUCGAUGCUCACUUUGUGUUUUGUGGCCAAACAUUGUGAUCGAGGUUUUCCUGGAAUCUGUGUCUUUCUGAGGACGGCGGAGGUGGGGAGAAGAAAGGUCAUCCUGAGAGACUGACACACAGGACAGGACAGGAGCCUGUACCAGACACUGACACUUCUAGUUCACCAGAGACCGAAGCAGCAUGCAGACCUGAGGUGCACCAACACUCCCUCCAUCCUCCCUUUCUCUCUCCCUCCUCCAGUCCUCCCAGCCACCCAUGCUCUGUGAGGCUCUCUAUCCUCUCCUCUCCCUGGGCAUAAUGCUCCAUCUCUACUGCUGAGCUCCCCCUUACUCCACCUUACCCCCUAACCUCACCCAACCAUGACCAGUCUGAAGCGGUCUCAGACAGAGCGUUCGGUGGGCGGCUCGGUCCCUGCCUCUGAUGAAUUCUACACCCGUCGCCUGCGCCUCCCCAAUGGUGGCGCCCCCCCACCUCGCUCCGAGAGCACCCACCUCACCUCCUCUUCCUCGUCCGGCUCCUCUUCCUCCUCCAAUCCGGGGGUUCCCAAGAUGGGGGUCAGGGCCCGCGUGGCGGACUGGCCCCCCAAACGGGAUGGAACGGGCGGGGUGUGGCACAUCACCGUAGAUACGGACUCCCCGAGUUCCACCAUGUCAUCUUCAGGUGGUGGAGAAUGUGGGUCGGGUGGAGAACGCGGGUCGGGCGGAAGCGGAGAAAGAGAACGAGAACGGAGCUCGGGGUCAGGUUCAGGCUCGGCGACUACGGCCCAUAGCAACCUGUCGGCUAAACUGGGCCACCUGAUCAGUCCUCAGGACUCUUCGAUGCUCCGGAACAUUCACAACACCCUGAAGAGCAAGAUGCACCACAGCAAACACCACAGCAAAGACAACCGCUAUCUGUCACCGGACGGCUACCAGGGCUCGCCACGUAAAGGCAUGAGGCGUAUCCGCCAGCGCAGCAACAGUGACAUCACUAUCUCUGAGUUAGAGGGUGACGGGGGCGAGGGCUGGUCCUUCUCAGGCUGGACUCCCAUGCACCGCGAGUACGGCAGCACCUCCUCCAUAGACAAACACGCAGGCUCAGGGGAGAGCUUCUUCGAUAUGCUCAAGGGCUAUACGUCCCAGGAGGCUCCUGAUCAACGCAGCCCAGCGCCGGACAGACUCGGCGAGCUGCUGACGGUGGCCCCGCACAAACAGGCUGCCCUGGAUCUGCCUGAUGGACCCCUGGGUCCUACCAGAGGUAGCCCCGCCAGUCGCCUGAAGGAAAGGGAUAAACACCUGAAGAGGAGGUCCAAGUCGGAGACGGGAGGGGAGUCCAUCUUCAGGAAGCUCCGCAGCGUCAAGGCCGAGGGUGACUCGUCCCGGGCUGGGUCUGACGUGGAGGAUGUGGGGCGGGAGGAUGUCAGCGGCCCCCCUCCCAAACCCUGGUCCUGUCAGAAAGGCUUUGCUCACUUUGACGUACAGAGUAUCCUCUUCGACCUCAACGAGGCUAUCCAGGGUCGACAGUCCGGCGGGAAACGCAAGAACACCACCACGGGCGCCUCCGCUGCGGCCGCCGCCUCAGCCUCCGCCACUUCCUCGCUCUCGUCCAAUCAGAGUGGGGUAUACGGCGGCGGCGGCUCUCCGUGCGGGUCCCAGGAGGAGCUGAGUGGGAAGGAGGGGGGUCCGGGACAGGGAGGGGGACACACCACUAACCCUGCCCUGGACCCUGGUGAUGAGAAGAGCAACGAUCUGGUGCUUAACUGCCCUUGUUUCAGGAAUGAACUGGGAGGAGAGGGAGAGAGGAACAUUGGCCUCUCUAAACGGCAGGGUAGUAUAGGCAGCGGGGGCAGCUCCAGUGGCUCUGGGGGAGGAGGUGGCUCAGAGGAGGGGCCCCUGGAGACCUCUCUCCCCCGCUUCACCAACGCCGGGGUGUCCGUGCUGGAGGCCCCUAAAGACGGCCAGGGGCAGCACGCUGAUAGGGCCAAACGGUCUGUGGAGCACUGCGACCUGGGGUCUUAUUACUACAGGAAAUACUUCUAUCUGAGAGAGCAUUGGAACUACCUGGGUGUAGAUGAGACUCUGGGCCCAGUAGCAGUGAGUCUGAGGAGAGAGAAGCUGGAGGAACACAAGGAGCAUGGACAACAGUACAACUACAGGGUCAUCUUCAGAACCAGCGAGCUCACCACCCUGCGGGGGUCCAUCCUGGAGGAUGCGGUGCCAUCCAGCUCUAAGCACGGCCUGGCGCGGGGCCUGCCCCUCAAAGAGGUGCUAGAUUACCUGGUUCCAGAGCUCAACGCCCACUGUCUCAGACUGGCACUCAACACACCUAAAGUCACAGAGCAGCUGAUGAAGCUGGACGAACAGGGGUUGAGUUUCCAGUUGAAGGUGGGGGUGAUGUACUGUGCGUCGGGACAGAGCAGUGAAGAGGAUAUGUAUAAUAAUGAUUCAGCAGGUCCUGCUCUGGAGGAGUUCCUACAGCUGCUGGGGGAGAGGGUCCGGCUGAAGGGAUUCACCAAGUACCGAGCCCAGCUGGACACCAAGACUGACUCCACAGGGACCCACUCCCUAUACACCACCUAUAAAGACUAUGAGGUGAUGUUUCAUGUCUCCACCAUGCUGCCCUACACACCCAACAACAAACAACAGCUCCUGAGGAAGCGUCACAUAGGUAAUGACAUAGUGACCAUCGUAUUCCAGGAGCCCGGGGCUCAACCCUUCACCCCAAAGAACAUACGGUCACACUUUCAACAUGUGUUUGUAGUGGUGAGGGCACACCAACCCUGCUCUGACAACACCUCAUAUAGCGUUGCGGUCACUCGUUCCCGUGACGUCCCAUCCUUCGGCCCUCCCAUCCCAGAGGACGUGUCCUUCCCCAAAUCCUCCGUGUUCCGGGACUUCCUAUUGGCCAAGAUCAUCAACGCAGAGAACGCAGCCCACAAAUCGCACAAGUUUCGCGCCAUGGCGACGCGGACACGUCAGGAGUACCUCAGAGACCUGGCAGAGCGCCACACCACAUCAACCCCCAUCGACCCGUCCGGGAAAUUCCCCUUUAUCUCAUUGGCUCACAAGAAGAAGGAGAAGAGCCGUCCGUACGCGGGGGCAGAGCUUCGGAGCCUCGGCGCCGUCACGUGGGCGGUCCACGCCGAGGAUCAUGGGGCGGGAGGAGAGCUCGAAGCGCUAUUGGCUAUCUCCAACGACUUCCUCAUCCUAUUGGAUCUGGAGGCCAAGGCGGUGGUGUUUAACUGUGCUACGAAGGACGUGAUUGGCUGGACGCUGGGGAGUCCUGCCUCCAUGAGGAUCUUCUAUGAGAGAGGGGAGAGCGUGUCGCUGAGAUCUGUUAGUAACAACACAGAAGACUUCAGAGAGGUGGUGAAACGACUGGAGUACCUGACUAAGGGUUGUGAGACGUCUGAGAUGACACUGCGUCGUAACGGGCUGGGCCAGCUGGGUUUCCACGUCAACUACGAGGGCAUCGUGGCAGAGGUGGAGUCGUACGGGUACGCUUGGCAGGCGGGGCUGAGACAGGGCAGCCGAUUGGUCGAAAUCUGCAAGGUUGCCGUUGCGACACUGACCCAUGAACAGAUGAUUGAUCUACUGAGGACGUCGGUCACCGUCAGGGUGGUCAUCAUCCCACCACACGAAGACGCUACCCCACGCAGAGGUUGCUCUGAGCUCUACCGUAUGCCAGUGGUGGAGUAUAAAGGCAGUGGUGAGAGCGGUUCGUUUGACUACAAGUUCCCGUUCCGCAGCAAAGACAACAAGUGGCAGAGAACCUCCAGUAGUCCCCAGCAGUCCCUGACGGCCUCCCCCCAGCCGCACACCCCCAACCGGGCCGUCAGCCUGGGGAGCUCUGGGGGGAAGACCCUGUCUGCUGAACGCCCGGAGAGGAACGCCGCUAUACCACGCAGUGUUAGUAGUGAUGGGAGACCACUGGAUACCAAGAGAAUGUCUCCAGGCAGUGAGAACUAUGCCCUAGCCUCCUCUGUGGCACUGGGUCGUUCUCCUCACAACCGCUCUUCCCCCUCCAACCUCUCCUGCUCCAGUGACACCUCACAGGGCUCACAGCACUGGAGGACUCAGAAGUCCAUGCCUGAGGGGUUCGGAGAACGCAGACAACACUCUCCUUUAUCUACGGAGCGGCAGGUGGUGGGAGAAGGCGGGGCUAGCGGCAAGUCCACACCUAAUUGGCAGAGAGUGGAGGAAGGGGGCGGGCCCGACAGAGGUUCUACAGAUGCUCCUGUGUCUAAGUCUGGUCCUGGGUACUCUGGAGCUCCACGCAUCCAGAGGCAGGAGCAGGUCAUCCACCACUCCCCCAAGAAGAGCUCCCAGCCUGAGGGUCCCUACUCCAGCAGUAACACCCUCUCCAGCACGGCCUCCAGCGGGGGCCACAGCGACACCGACAAGUGGUCCGACCUGGGGGGCCCCGGAGCACCAGGGGAGGCCCCUGACUCUGAACCCAACGGCCUGGGAGGGGGGUACCUCCAGGGGGCCUCGGCCGACAGCGGGAUUGACACCUCGUCCUACGGAGGGGGUGGGGGCCACUCACACACCCACCAUGGGAGUUCAAGUUCCCUCUUGGCUCCUGGGGGUAGGGAGGGGAGGGAUAGAGCUGCAUCCCCCUGGCAUAGCCCCACUGAGGGGGACAGGAGAGUGCUAGAGAGGUCCCCCCCAGCCGCGGAGUCCCCACAACCCCCAGGAGAGAGGGGGGAGAGAGCAGAGGGGACGGCUAGGAGUCCUCCUACACACCUACUGGUUAGAGAUGGCAGCUCGUACAGUCUGAGUGAUGCUGGGUCACACUCCAGCUCCAGAGGCCAUUCUGGCCACAGUUCCCCCCGUGAGGAGUCCUCUUCCUCUGCCACCUCACCCUGCUCCCAGACGUCGGUCUCCCCCGGCCCCAAGACCUUCUACCCCCGCCAGGGAGCCACCUCCAAGUACCUCAUCGGUUGGAGGAAGCCAGGAUCCACCAUCAACUCUGUCGACUUCGGAGACAACCGCAAGAAGUCCCCAGGGGAGGGAGGAGGAGGAAGUGGAGGAGGUCAGAGCAGACCCCAUCACUCCCCACAGCCACACCUCACCCACGCUAAGACCACUGCGGAGGACGAGAUGAAGAGACUGAGUCCAGACAGCCCCCUCAAACACAGACGACACAAGGUCAAGGACAAGUCCUCCUCCUCAGGCCAGCCCCCUACCCGUCGGUCUCUCCACCGGACCCUGUCUGAUGAGAGUAUCUACCGGGGCCAGCGUGUCCCCUCCCUGAGGCUGGGGGACCUAGAACCAGACCCCACCCUGGCUAGUGACGUGUUGUUCAGCUGCUCCACCUUGCCACGCUCUCCCACCACCCGCGGGGUGCCCCUCAGACGACCUUCAUACAAACUGGGGAUCAAACUCCACGGUGACCUGUCUGCGUCUGACACGUCAUUGGCUGAGAUGGUUGAGCGACAGCGACAACCUCUCCCCCAGGAGCUGAUGCCCCUCCCCCCCUCAGAGAGCAGGGACAGCCCCCUGGACUGGACCCACAUGGUGGAUGUGGCCAACGCCUUUGAGAAUGAGAUCCAAAGAGGGUUUGUGUUUAAUGAUCCUAACCACAGAGGUAGUGGAGCCUCCAGCCCUCACCUGGAGAUCCAGCCUGCCCCUCUAUCCAGACCUUCAUCCAGUGAGGGUCCUGCAGGUCUGGAGAGGAAGUUGACCAAGCUGGAAGCCAUGGUUAGGAUGCUGCAGGAUGACCUGAAGAAGGAGCGCGAGGAGAAGCUGCGUCUCCAUCUGCAGAUCAAGAGGCUGUGGGAGGAUAACCAGCGGCUACAGGAGGAGUCCCAGAGCUCUGCUGCCAAACUCAAGAAGUUUACAGAGUGGGUUUUCAACACCAUCGACAUGAACUGAGACAGAGAGAGACAGAGGAGAGGGAGAGGAGAGGAGGAAGUGGAGGACAAGGAUAAGGGAGAAAAUGACUUUGCAACUGGGCCACCUCACACUGACCAGGAGGGAAGAAGAGGAGAGAGAGAGGAGGAAGAGGGAGAAGAAGAGGAGAGAAAGUGAUUGUUUGUUGGCUAGAGUAAAGGACAAAGGGACCAGUGCCAACCACUCAAAACACAUUUCCCCUUCUCCCUGGCACUCGCUGAAGGACUUAUUCCAACCCCCAUGUCUCCUUCUUGCCCUCUGUCUCCAGUAAAGUUCCCUUCUCAAACUCAGGACCAGAUCCUAGAAGGACAAUGUUAUUUUGUUAAAUAAUACUGUCCGCACACACUGGCUGAGGAGGUGUGUGUAUUUGUGAUGUGGUUUCAGUACUGCCCCAAAAUACUGAAGCACUCUUCCUCUCCUCUCCUCUCCUCUCCUCUCUCCUCUCCU